AAGAAUAAAGUUUCCACAAAUACUCAUUUUCGGCAUUUAUGACGACCAUUGCGGGUGGUUUGGAAUUUUUAACAGAACAUUAACAAAAAAAUUAAUUCCGGCGUGGCUGGCAGUCAAAUGCGCGUUAUUAAACAGCUGUUUUAAUAUAAUUCAAAAGCAUUUCAUAUGCUUACGUAGCUUUAUACUAUAGUUUCAUACUAAACAAAAACCUAUAUUUUGAAAAAUCGAAAUUCACGAGAUUUUUCAAAGGUAGGCGAUUUUCAAAGCUAACUAAAAAUUUUUAAAACAAAAAAUGUAAUUCUGGUGUGGUCUGCGAUUAAAGGCGCAUUAUAUAACAGCUGUUUUAAUAAAAUUCAAUAGAAUUUAAUAUGCUUACGUAAGUUUUAUACGAUCAUGAGAAAACCUAAAUUUUGAAAAAUUUUAAAGGAAGACGAUUUUUAAAGCUAAGUAAAAGUUUUUAAAACUAACAAAAAAUUUAAUUCUAGUAUGGCUUGUGGUCAAAAGCGCGUUAUUUAACAGCUGUUUUAAUAUAAUCCAAUAAAAUUUAAUAUGCUUACAUAAGUUUUAUAUGAUGGUGAGAAAUAAACAAAAACCUAAAUUUUGACAUAUCGAAAUUUAAAGUUUUCAAUUUUAAACAGUUGUAUAACUGUGGCAAGCCUUCUGUGGAAAGACAUUAGACAGCUUUAUCAGUUUUAUCAAUUUAAUUUUAAUCACAUUGUUGGUAGUACCAUACUAAUCUUGUUUCUCAAUGCUGCUGUAUUUUUUGUUGAGAAUAUAUUGUCAACUUCUGCUGGGCUGUAGAUUUCAAAAGUGUUAAGUUGUUCAAGAAUCUUUAUAAUGAGAACUAAUUUUAAAAGACUGUUAUUAAUAGUUGUUCUUGCUAUGGUAUAUUUUUUGAUUAACAUAAAUACUGAAGGGUUUUACAUGAUGCGUUCUAAAGGCCGUUGCAACAACACUAUGGCUGAAAUGAAAGAAUUAAGAGAGCUUAUAUUAGAUACUCAUUAUCUACUAAAUUUGUUUAAAGUUACUCACUUUCUGGCUUAUGGAAGUUUAUGGGGUGCUUUAAGAUAUAAUGACAUCAUACCUUGGGAUUAUGACUUUGAUUUUGGCAUAGUUCAAGAAGAUAUUCAAAGUUUAGAUGUAAAUAAACUGACAGAUGCCUUCAUUAAAAAAGAUAUAAUACUGGAGUACAGUGCAUAUGGCGGGUUUUAUAAAGUACGUAGAUAUAAUGUGUCUGGGGAUUUGAUGGUAUUUUCAGAAUACUAUCAAGAUGGCAUAAUGCGUAGAACUGGCUUUGAAUCGUGGAUAUUUUUUAUUCAGUAUAGAUGGUAUCACCAGUUUCCCAGUUAUUUAAUUAAAAAACCUUUGCCUUUGCAUCGGUUUAUAGGAAAAGACCUUCCUGUACCUAGAGAUGGAAUUGAAAUACAAAAACACUUUUAUCCUAACAAUUGGUGGAAAGAAACUAUUCCAGAAGGUUGUAAUAGAAAAUCUUUAGUUGUACAAACAGGGCAAUAAUCUUAUUAUGAUAAGUCUUAUAAUCUUUAACAGACAUAUAUAUAUACACAGUGCCGUGGCUAGUGGAUUGGAGGCUCUUCUCAAAACCUGUCAUUAGGAGGGUUCCAAAGUAAAAAAAAAAAUUUCACUAGUUAUUUCUAAAAAAAAAAAAGGUGCUCCAUCACUGGCUCCCCUGCUCCAAUUGAAGAUAUGGGGUAGCCUAGCCACGGCUCUACAUUUACAAUUCAAAUUCAAAAAAGAAAAAGUUGUACAUUAACGA